CCACAUUAUGGUUGGUCCAAGUCAAUUCCUCUGCUUUCUUUUCCACUUCCACCACCUUACCACUUCCGCCGUCGCGUCUCUGCCGCCGCCGUAGAUGACACUACCCCAGGUGGAUUAAUUUACUGCUUUAUCAAGUAUAAGGGAAGGACUUGAUGGGUGCAGUUUCUUCAAAAAGAAUUGAAUCAGAAACAGGUGAGCUGGAGAUGAGUCCUAGCACCAACUUACCAUUGGCAACAUCAAACUCUAGUAAAGAGGCUGCAUUCCCUGUGACCUCUGAGAAGAUAAUGAUUGACAUGCUGCAUACAAAAAGCCAUCCUAAUGUCGAGCAAGAGAGUGACUCCUGUAUAGUGCCAAGUCAUUUAUCGCAGACACAAAGUUCUGAUACGAUAAACUAUACAUCAUUUUCUGAUAAGGCCUCCCCAGUAACCAAACAAAAACGGUGCGAGGUCCAUCAGAGACAAACCUCUGGCUUCACACAUGAUAUUCCAGAACCCCAAAUAGAGAGGAUUCAGCCGGGUAAGAGUGAAAAUGAGAAGGACUCAGUCUCUCAAUUUAUUGGAGUUUUCUCUAGAAUCCCAAAGGAUGAACCUGCUGAUUUGCACUUGAGUCAGAACCCUCAUAUUGAAAUAAAAACAUCUUCAAUAUGUGAUGGAGAAAGAACUACUGAAAAGAGGGAGAUGGUAUCUGGUAACUCACUCUCCAUACAAAGUGUCAACGAGGAGCCUGCAUCGCAGUCCAACAAGCAGAUGCUGACUCAGUCCUCUCAACCUGUAAAAGUUUUGGAGAAAUUGCAGCCCAGGAGGAACCCAGACGCUGGGGGUUGUAGUUCUCCACAUGAUCCAUUAGCUUGCAGUUCGGGUCACUCUGGAAAACUUUCUACUGUAUCAAAAGAAGAACAUCAACUUGACAAUUCGCAGCCUAGACAGAGCAUACAUGAUAGAAAUCAUGCAUUACUGAGCAAGGAAAAAACAGGUACUAAUACAGAAGUCGAGUCAGGUCAAGGGUCAAGUUUGAACAUGGGAGUGCCUGUACCUGAACCUGGUCAAGAGAGCUAUGCAUAUCCUAUGAAGUUUGAGAAAAUGGAGAAAUUGCAGCCGAGGAGAAACCUUGACUCUGUAGUUCAGGGAUCACAUGCUGAUGUUGAAAGCACUCCCUCUAAAGCACAACACAAAGGAUUAGAUGAUGGCUACAACUGGAGGAAGUAUGGACAGAAGCUUGUAAAAGGAAACAAAUUUGUUCGAAGCUAUUACAAAUGUACUUACCUCAAUUGCCAGGCUAAAAAACAAGUAGAGAAAUCACAUGAUGGGUGUACAUUAGACAUCAAUUAUCUUGGGAACCAUCAUCAUCAGAAACCUCAGCAGAGUCUCCAACUGACUACUACUCUUCAAGUAAAAACGCCUGAUAUGCCCAUUACGUCUACAUCAAAAGCCAAUGUUGAGUCGAUCAUCAAGCAUGUCAGUUCAGAUCAACAUAUGCCAGAACCCUCACCUCAAUCAGCUGUUGGAAGAAGUGCUGAUGGUUUGUUAGGAGCAGUUUCCUGUUCACAUAAGGAUACUAAGGAUCUAGAUGAUUGCCCUGAUCCCAAACGGCUGAAAAGAGGCACAAGUUCUGCAGAUGAUGAUGUGGUGAUUAGAUCUAGUCCUGAUUCAAGACAUGUUGUUCAAACUUUGAGUGAGGUUGAUUUGGUUAAUGAUGGAUAUCGGUGGCGUAAAUAUGGGCAGAAGUUUGUAAAAGGCAAUCCAAAUCCAAGGAGUUACUACAGGUGUUCAAACGCGGGUUGCCCAGUAAAGAAACACGUCGAAAGAGCUUCACAUGAUGAAAAGUUAGUCAUUACAACCUAUGAAGGAAAACACGUCCAUGACAUUCCCACUUCCAGGAUUGUUAGCCAAGGCAGCCGCCUAGCCAGAGGUGGUGAUGCUAGUAUGAUGAGCCCAAAAGUGACUCUAAAGGUGCUUGUUACUUCAGUCAAAAUUGCUAUCAACGUGAUUAAAUUCAGCAACUUAUUUUUCUUUAUCAUUGUAGACAGACUUUCUAAUUCGAAGAGCUAUCAUUGUAACAGUCCAGUAGCUUAACUUGUUCAUUGGUUGGCCCCAGGCUGUGGAAGAAUAUGUAUCAGUUGUAUAAAAUUGCUAAUGUAAGUUAUAAAUAGUAGUUUAGAUUACCCAUUGUA